AUGGAAGUCCUAAGAAGAGCAGAGGUGAUCGAUAGCAAGAGAUGCUCGAAGCUGCGCGUGUUCACGCCCUCUCAACAUGUCAGCCUCGCGUCGGAGCCUGAUUCUCCGGCCACCACCUCUUCCCGGUUCCAACCACCGGUUCGAUCAGACGGUCCUUUCUCUGGUCUGGUCAUCUGCGUCACUGGUCUCUCUAAAGUUAAGCUGUGCGAGUCUUUCUACGUGGUGAAAAAUCCCGGAAAGCCGAGUAAAGGUGUUCAAGGAACAGAGCUCACAGGAAGCAAGGACUUGGCUUUGUCAGGCUAUUCAGUUUUCAUCGAUUCUGAUAUUUCAGAUGAAGUAAGACGCCGGGUUUCACAGGUGAUUGUUGAAGGAGGUGCUAAGCUCUUGAAUCAAUGGUUCGUCGGAAGUAAUGCAAGUCAUAUUGUAUGUGAAGCUGCUUCUGUCGAGAGAUAUCUUGGUCACUCGAGCCAUCUUGUUACACCACUGUGGCUUCAGAAGACAUUGGAAGAGAACCAGACGCAAAGUCUAGUCCGAAUGUCAGCUGAUUUGGCAAAAGAUCUAAGGACAAUGCUUGAGAAUCUUGGCAAGAUGGGCAAGACACUGAUCCAGCCGUUAAAUCUGAGCAGUCUUCUUGAUUCCAUUUGUUGGAGGAUCUCCGAGCCAAUCUCAACAGCAAGUAUUUACAUAGAUGAUAAUUUCAGCGACAAUGAAGAUGUUAACAAAAACUCUGUCUCUGCCUUCUUUGAUGCUAUAACCGAUGAUUCAUUCACUCAAUCCACAAGACCGCUCACAGAAAGUGAGAGAAUGGGAAUGGUAUACAAAAACCAGUUUAUAACGUUACUUCUUCCAAUUGAUUGGUAUGGUGAGAUGGGACCUUCUUCCAGGUCGUAUUUCAGCGAAACCGGCUUCACUUGUCAACAGAUUCUCCAGCACAUUUAUACAUUUUAUCAGGAAAACAUGUCCGUGGAGGAGAUCAAAGCCGCGAUUCACACUAACUCGAAGCACAGUGAAAAGCUCCGAGCAGCGAUGAAAGGCGGGAAGACUGCAUUCAAACGGAUCGAGUUUCUCGGAUACCGGAAAGGUUUCGAGAUGCUGAAACGUGUUAGUAGCUUCAACUCUAGUAAUGUCUACGAGCUUAUCAUUAAGGCGUAA